AAAAACACGCGCUAACAUGGGAGCAGUGACGCGGCCGCGGUGGCUGCUGGGAUAGAAGGCGGUGGAGGUCAGAGAAGCUCCAAAAUGUCGGCUGUUUGUCUCACGUCCUUGAGCCGCUGCGCUGUUGUGGCAUCCCGCUCCCCCGCAGGACUGGUGGCGGUGCGGUACGCCCAAACAGCAGCGGCUCCAGCAGCACAGCCCAGAAUCAAGAAGUUCCAGGUGUACAGAUGGGACCCAGACACUCCAGGGGACAAACCCCGCAUGCAGACCUACGAGAUCGACCUCAACACUUGUGGUCCAAUGGUUCUUGAUGCCCUGAUCAAGAUCAAAAAUGAGAUGGACUCAACUCUGACCUUCCGCCGCUCCUGCAGAGAAGGUAUUUGUGGAUCCUGUGCAAUGAACAUUAAUGGAGGAAAUACACUCGCUUGUCUCAACAAGAUUGACAACAAUAUUAGCAAGCCAUCGAAGAUCUACCCCCUUCCACACAUGUACGUGGUGAAGGACCUGGUUCCUGACAUGAGCAACUUCUACGCCCAGUACAAGUCUAUCGAACCCUACCUGAAGAAGAAGGAUGGCACAAUGGAGGGGAAAGAGCAGUACCUGCAGACUGUAGAGGACCGACAGAAACUGGACGGGCUGUAUGAGUGUAUCCUGUGUGCCUGCUGCAGUACAAGCUGUCCAAGUUACUGGUGGAAUGGAGACAAAUACCUUGGACCUGCUGUGUUGAUGCAGGCGUAUCGCUGGAUGAUCGACUCCCGAGACGAGUUCACAGAGGAGCGUCUGUCCAAGCUGCAGGAUCCGUUCUCCCUCUACCGCUGCCACACUAUAAUGAACUGCACCAAGACCUGCCCCAAGGGGCUGAAUCCAGGAAAGGCAAUAGCUGAGAUCAAGAAGAUGAUGGCCACAUACAAGGAGAAGAAGGCUGCUGCAGUCUGAAACCUCCGUUGUCUUUUUGUAAAGCUCUUCCCUCCAUAAUUAAAUUAUAUUUUGAUUAAGAAUGCUUCAAUGGUCAGAAGGGCCGGUACACCAGUCAGCUCCACGACCACCACACAGAGUUAACUAAUGGGUGUGGUGUGUGGUUGGAGGACUUGGUGUUACAAAAACGCACAUGUACAGUAUGAAUGCAGAUGAGCGAGCGUGUGUCCGAGUCUUACAUGUACCACAACAUAGGUAUCUAUCUCCAUUUCCAGUGUGUAUGUUUGUGCGCUAGGGAGACAUGAUGCUGCACAUAGUAAAGCAAAAACAAGUGUAUCUGUUCCCUCAGAUCUUCCAACAAACCAACUGCAGUCUUUGUCUUGAUGGGAAAUAAAUAGCUGAAAUACC